GCUUACUACUACUGUGCCAUUGUAGAAGAUGUGAUCCUGCGUUUUGCGUGGACCAUCCAGAUAUCCCUCACUUCCAUGCAAAUCUUUCCGUAUGCUGGGGAUAUCAUUUCUACUGUAUUUGCCCCACUUGAGGUAUUCCGGCGGUUUGUGUGGAACUUCUUCCGGCUGGAGAACGAGCACCUGAACAACUGUGGUGAGUUCCGUGCUGUGAGGGACAUCUCCGUAGCACCGCUCAACGCUGAUGACCUGACACUCUUGGAUCAGAUGAUGGACCAGGAAGAUGGUGUACGAAAUCGCCGCAAGAACAAACAGUGGAAGCGCAGCCAGAGCGUGUCCUUGCGCAGACCUCGUCUUGCUUCACAAUCCAAGGCUUCUGACACUAAGGUAUUGAUAGAGGACCUAGCAAAUGAAGUGAACACAUGAGAUGGCCAUGAUCUCUUAUUCCUCAUCCUUUGUUUUCUCAUUCUGUUCCCCUCUUUCCCAAGUAACCCCAUCUCUGGUACAGUUCCAACUGAAAACAGGAGAAAACACUGAACAUGUUUUCUGAGCUCUUCCAAACCAGAUCCUAUGGACUCCAACAAGCUCACUGUGUUUCAUUUCUUUUCUUCUGGGUUAAUUUUAAUGUUCUAUUUUAAAAAAAUAAAAUAUUUUACUUUGUUUUGCCAAUAAAGAGGACAGUUCAGGAAAGAA